GAAUCUCUUGAGAUGCGAGACGGGGAGCGCCCGGAAAGGUGGACGAGAUGAGUUUGUGAGAGGAGGAGGAGGAGGAGGAGGCAGAGGAGCAGCUCGAACCGGGCACUCGUGAAUGUUCGAUCCUGUCCGCGACAGGGGGGCGGUUCUGGAGGACACGAAGGAGUGUAGCUUGGGUUUGAUGUGAAUGUAGAGAGGAGGAGAUUCGACAGUGGGCCGCGGGCGGUUUCUCAACUCGCUACCGGGAGUGGAGCAAGAUGGGAGUGUGCUUGUCGAAAGCAGGUCAUGGCCACUCCAACUGCGAGGAGGAUGGCUUCUGCACGCCUGAAGCUGCGAGCGAGCAGUACGAGAGCCCAAAUCCCAGCGGACGCUACAGCUACGGGCUCGACACGCCGAGAAUUUCCGCAGAUGUGGGGGAUCUGGGGGCUCUAGGGUCGCUCUUUUACAAGAGAGGCAGCAGGUCGCGGGACACGCCGCAUUUGAACUACGUUAGCCCGCUAGAGAUGUUUUUGGGAGGGGUGAGCGGACGGAACAGAGUUCAUCACGUGAAUCAAAUGUGCACUGGCGACUUCUCAUUCGCAUCCUAUCUCUCAUCUCCUUUGCUCAAGGGCUUCGACGUGCAUGCCAUGGAAGCCGUCGCCAAAUCCUAUGCGGAGUCUGCCGCCAAGGCAGCAGCACGCGAUGCAUUCGUGUUUUUAGAGGAGAACGAUGUGUGCUUGAGCUUCACGUCCAGUCCUGCCAAGGUUUUGUCCGAGGAUACUGGAGAUGUGGAUGACGAUUACGCGAAAAGCGGCGAGUCCGAAGACUGGGAAGAUCCUCUUAGGAAAUCUGAAGACUGGGAUGCGCAGGUUUCUCACAGCGACAAUGACAGGUCCCGUCAUGGGACUCCUUCGAAUGACCGAUUCGAUUCGGUGUUGAACGCCGUGCAAGCUCGGGCUAAGGCCCGCAGGCGACAGAGGAGGAAAUCUGCAGCAGCAGCCAAAGAGGCUGGGGCCAAGGAGCGAGUGCCGAGGAAAAUGGUUAGGUUCCAGGUUCCGGCCGAGAGCGAGGAAGGGUGCACGGACGACGACCUGCGGUCGUGCAUGGAAUCUGAGAGCGAGCCAGUGCUGGCGCAAGCCGAGGCUGAUGCCCAGGCUCAGGAAGAGAUGCAAAGGGCAGCGUUCUACGCGAAAGGGAAGGGAUCAGGACAGCAGGUCGACAAAUUUGUGGAUCUGCGCGAAAGGAGCGCACAUGUCGGAGCUGCCGGUCUCGCGAGCUUACGGCUGCAAGAAGAAGAUGACGACGGGGACGAGUUUCGCGGAUUCUCCUUUGCACCCGGAGGGAUGGAUGGAGCAUCCGGUGCUGCUACUCCGCUGGUAGGGCCCUGUGGACGACCAGCUACAGCUGCGCGAACCAGUUCGGCCGGAGGAUCUGGAAGCGGAGGAGAGUCCUCUGCUGAUUAUUACGUUCCCUGUAGCAGUCUUAGCUCGUCCUCGAAUCAACGCGAUGAGGGCACGGCAUUGUCCUCGAACGACAAUGACGAUGAAGCGAUGAGUCCUGAAACCACCCUGAAGGACGAGGACUGCUGCGGAGGUGCCUGCUGUGAUGAGAGGCAACAACAUUGUCUGCCCGCCGGUGAAACACGGGAUGUGCGCCAGCAGUCGGAUGAUUUCAAUUUCCAAGGUGGCAGCUUAGAGUACGGUGGAGAGCCGCAAGAGUUUAACUUUCAUGGUCAGAGUGGUAGCGAUGCCCCGUCUUCACUACCUUUAGAGAAGCAUGAAGUGUCCAGUGACUUGCCGAUGCCUAUCCCUGUAGGAUGUGUUGUGGUGGAGAGCCGACUACCGGAUGGAAGCAGAGACACUCCACAGAUUUUGGAAUUGAGUGAUGUGGAGUUGCCCGAGAUGUCUGGAAAUCACAGCGGCUUUUUCACGACCCGUAUUCUUCACAGCGGGGAUUCUUCACCUGCAUCUGAGCACACCGCCUCCGAUCAGGAAGGGAGCUUCACUUUUCCCUGCCUGCUUGUACCCACUUCGUCUUUUUCUGAGUGUUCACCUUUUAGAGAACCUCGGGGCCUCUGGAAAGAUCCACCUAUAACAGAUCUAAGAUCAAGUUCUAGGAACCACUCCUACAGAAGUCAUCCUCCACCAUCAUCUGCUCCAACUGCUUCUUCAAGUCACGUCCAAGUGCACUUGGAUAUUUCUUCCCCGAGAAGCAGCUGCUCUGACGACCUCGCGCUUCCCAGAUGUAGCUUCUCGUUUGAUGUUGAACCUACCGUCACCAAAAGAGCCCAUGAGAUUGUUCUUCCGAGUCUCCCUCCUAGAUCACUCCCAAGCUCACCAGGUAAAUUCCCUUCCAUGCCAUCUCGAUCCUCCCCCUUAUCUCCAAUGCAACAAUCAACCGCUCCAUACCCUCCGAGAUCAAGACGAGGCAUGAAUAAAAAGCUUAAAUUCUAUUCUCUGGAGAGAGCAAGCUUCGCUGCAGGUGCCAAAAGAUCGAAGUCUCCUCCCACAUUUGUCAGAAGACAAAGGAGGGAAGAUAACGACGGUGAUUCCAGUUCAGACCUCUUCGAAAUUGAGACUAUGUCUGGAACCAACGCGAUGGGCUCUUCGCGAACUCCUCCUUCGACGCCCACGAAAAUCUUGAAAGUCUCCCCUGCCGCUGCGUUCGAUUUUAACCGACUGAGCAACUCCAUUGCUCAGGUUAGCAGAAGCAGGUCCAAGCGUGCUUCAUCGAAAGAUAAACCUCUGCCCCUCGCGCCGUCUAGGGAGAAAGGCAGAUGUUUGGAGAAGAACAGAAUCAGCGAUUUCCAUCAAGAGUCUAGCAGCUCUUUGAAAGGAAGAGCCUUUUUGAAGUUGGGACUUCUUCGCCGAAGCAAAUUCAGCAGUGGGAGGAGUCAAAAAGCAGACACCGACUAUUUUAGAUCCAAUGAGACCUCUGGUUCAGAGUAUUUGGAGAACAAGCCUCCCUGUCAAGACCCUGGUAAUGAAAUGCCGCCAAUGCGAUCCUACAUGGAUGACGAGAAGAUGAACCCCACUGCCAAUUUGGCGUGUGAGUGGUACUGCAGCUCUGCCCAAAGGAGGAUUUUGGGUCCUGAUAAGAGACAACUUCACACAUAUCACAGGAGAAGCUGCAGUGAAGAUAGGACGUUUGCCGUGAAAAACUAGCUUCUAAAUUAGAGGUGCCGUGGUGUUGGAGAAUAUAGUUUCGGAGCGAGCGUUCUUCUUCGAUGCUUGCUCCUGGACUUUCUGUAAAUUUGUGCAGCAUUCAUUGUAUUAUGACGAAUUUUACUAAGAGCAAGCAAACCUCAUAUGCCGGCAAAAGCUUGGAUUUGCCAGUCUUAGGGCAUAAGAGAACAUAUGUUUUCUUAUUACUACAUACUCUGUGCAUCCUUAGGUUGUCUUACCUUUCUCAUAUAGUGAACUUGAAGAAGAUAUUCUUGAUCGUUAACAGCAACGUUUUGGGUGUGAAUCUUGCAUCACACAUGUGAUGACCUCAUCUUUAUUUGCUGAAUCGAGUCAAGCUUUGAAUAUAUCGUAAAUCGGUUUACUUUGUGCAUGGGAAUGGAGAGUUGUCUACACAGUUGGAGUUAUCUUGCCGUUCUUCUGGUUUUGGCCUCUAUGCUGCUGUGAUGACCUGGGAUACGGGUUGUCUUGCGCAGGUUAUGGAGCAGUUAUUUGGCCUAGUUAACAAUCUCCUGCAAGAGCAUCCAGAUACCCAGAAAAGGAAUCUUGGGAUUCGAACUUAUAAGGUCAUCCCCUUUACCCCAAGUGCAGGUGUGUUAGAGUGGGUGAACGGAACAAUACCUCUUGGAGAAUACCUGCUUGGCAGUACUCGAGCUGGCGGUGCCCAUGGUCGAUAUGGAGGUGAUGAUUGGACGUUCAUGAUGUGCCGUGAACAUAUGUCCACUGCAAAGGAUAAAUUGACUGCCUUUCAAUCCGUCUGUGAAAACUUUAGGCCUGUUAUGCAUCAUUUCUUCUUGGAGAAAUUCGCUCAAGCUGCUAACUGGUUUGAGAAGCGGUUAGCAUAUACGCGGAGCGUCGCUACAAGCUCCAUGGUUGGAUAUAUAGUCGGACUUGGGGAUCGGCAUUCGGUAAAUAUCUUGAUGGAUCAAGCAACUGCGGAAGUCGUGCACAUUGAUUUGGGUGUCGCUUUCGAACAGGGCCUAAUGUUGAAGACGCCUGAACGGGUGCCUUUCCGCCUGACCAGGGAUAUAGUGGAUGGCAUGGGAGUCACGGGAGUUGAAGGUGUAUUCCGACGAGUAUGUGAGGCAACCUUGUCAGUGCUCCGUGAAAACAAGGAAGCUCUUUUGACCAUUAUAGAGGUCUUCAUAUAUGAUCCACUCUACAACUGGGCAUUGUCACCUCUGAAGGCUUUGCAGAGACAGCAGGAACUAGAUGAUUUGGAUGAUAGUUUGCCUGAAUCUGACAAUAUGACCGAGACAGAGGGUAACAAAGAUGCUGCUCGUGCCUUGUUUCGUGUAAAACAAAAGUUGGAUGGGUAUGAAGAAGGAGAAAUGAGAAGUCUUCAAGGACAAGUCCAGCAAUUGAUACAGGAUGCCCAGGACCCAGAACGGCUUUCACAGUUGUUUCCAGGAUGGGGAGCUUGGGUUUAGUUUUGGAAUAGUUACUGUCACACGUUUAUAGUAAUGGAUUACGCUAUGGGUACAUCUUGAGGUGUAUCCCCGCUGUAUCGCAGUGCCCUUCAGGACGUUUCCUUGUCUAAAGUGUAUGAAACAUGUGCGUCUUUGCACUGGCAAUGUAGCCUUUCAUCGAGAGAUCCUUAACGGCUGGUACCCUCAAUCUCUCGAUGGAAGAUAGUUUGUAGUUCUUUGAGGGUAGGCGGGAAAUAGAGUUGGUAGAGUAAAGUAGAGGAAGAGCACACAGACGUAUAAACAAAGCUUUUGAAGCUCAAAUGUGUUUCAGGAGCAUAUAAAAAAUAAAUGGUUCUUUUGU